AUAGCGAGCCAGGUGCCGCUGCAGGAUGGAGAAGACCCGAAGGAAGGAGGCUGUGAGGUAGUCCAGCGGACCUCGUCUUCUGGCCAGGACUUCAUGGUGAUGCAAGGGACAAAGGAGAUGGAGGAGGCGACUUUGCAAGCAGAAAUUGGAUCCAUAUGUGAGGAGGAAGAGAACCUCUGCAGCCAGCUGGACGGCCCUCGGAGAAGGACGUUAGGUGAUAAUUUGGUUGGAAAGCCCGGACCUCAGAAAAAGCCCGAGAGAUCUUCUGUGGAGGACUGUCCUAAGGCCGCCUGGACGGGGAGCUGGGUAGCAGACAGAAGUGGCGUGUCAGUCGAUGACUUCACGCCUCCUGCCUCUGGUGCUUGCAAGUUCAUCGGCUCCCUUCAUUCUUACAGCUUUUCCUCUAAGCAUGCCAGAGAGAGGCCGUCUUUCCCAAAAGAGCAGCUAGAAAGGAAAAGGCCAAAGAGAGACGUGGAACCGAGCUGCAGCAGCCACCUUAUGGGACAUGAUAAGGCUGUAGCGGAAGGCUCCCCUACUUCAUCCCUUACUGCGACCCCUCAGAAACCUUCCCAGGGUUUGUCAGCAUCCCCAGCAGACCUUACCCCUCAGCCUGCCACUGAGGCUGUGGUGGGGCGGAAGGGGGACACGGAUGCCAACCCCAUGUCAAUCAACGAGGUCAUCAUGUCGGCCUCGGGAGCUUGCAAGCUCAUCGACUCCCUCCACUCGUACUGUUUCUCCUCCAGGCAGAGCAAAAGUCAGGUGUGCUGCUUGCGCGAGCAGGUAGAAAAGAAGAACGGGGAGUUGAAACUUUUGAGGCAGAGGAUCAGUCGCUCUGACAGUCAAGUCAGGAAGCUGAAGGAGAAGCUAGAUGAGCUGAAGAGGAUCAGUUUCCCUUACUUGAACAGCCUCCUAUCCCAGGACUGUGAGACUCCACAGCUGAAUCCUGUGAUGGAGCCCCUGUCCUGGAUGCUGGGCACCUGGCUCUCAGACCCGCCAGGAGAUGGCACCUUCCCUACAAUGAAGCCCUUCCAGUACCUGGAAGAAGUGCACAUCUCUCACGUGGGACAGCCCAUGCUCAACUUCUCGUUCAACGCCUUCCAUCCAGACACCAGGAAGCCCAUGCACCGAGAAUGUGGAUUUAUCCGCCUCAAACCUGACACUAACAAGGUGGCUUUCAUCAGUGCCCAGAACACAGGUCUGGUGGAGGUGGAGGAAGGGGAGGUGAAUGGACAAGAGCUGUCGAUAGCUUCUCACUCCAUAGCCAGGAUCUCCUUUGCCAAGAAGCCCCACGUAGAGCAGCAGUGGUUGGUUGUUGAUGCAGCUCGAUGGGGUACAGCCAGCUGCAAGUAAGACAGCACUGCUGGAGUUUGUGUCACAUCCUGAGGUCACCGCCAGGGUCCUAGCUGUCGCAUACAGAGUGGUCUUGGCUGACUAGCAGCUGAGAGAGACAGCAAGGCUGAACAAGCUCUUGCAAAGAGUAGGUACCCCCAUGCUCUUGGCAUCUGUUUUCUUUUCUCCGACAACAUGUGAACCAAGUGACCGACUGCCAUUUCUGAAGGGUGACAAGUGGCUCUUUGCAGAGAAGAUGCUACUUUGAUUGCAGCAAAUACAGUAUUGUCUUAUUCUGCACUUCAAGGCUUAAUUGUGCAGCCUAGUUUUUAAGCACUAUAAAACCAACCCGUAACAGAGAGCACAGCUUUGUGCAGAAGCAGCCUGUGGCAUAAAUGUGCUCUGUAAAUUCACUGACAUGCCAAAAGUUGUAUGUGUCCACGCAAACAAUGUCCGAACUCCGGAAGGGCAGUCCUAACUCCCCUGCCUUCAGAGGCAUGUUUUAAGUUACUGGGUCUCUCCUUUCCCAGGAACAGCUAUGUCACCUCCUUUCUAUAGCGGGAGAAAUAAAACUGUUAAAUACUAUGGAUAUCACCAAGGCAGCGGAGCGCUUAACUGCAAAUAUUGAAAUAAAGUGGACUGCCCUCUCAGAGUCACUGCCUGAGGUGUGAGCAGAUAGGGCGGAGGGAGGAGAGGGGGAAAGCAACGGAAAGCCAGCAAACGUCUUACUGGUUGAGGGCAGCAAGGCUGGCUUUGGCUGAAGGCUGGAAGAGGGAAUCCCUUGAGCUGGUCCAUGGAAGUUUGUGGAGGUCCAUGCUCAGCUGGCACCUGAGGACAGUUCAGUCCCAGGUACUGGUCACAUCGCAUAUCUGGGAGGCCCUUGCUGGUGAAGGAGGAUGUGGAAUGAGAGGCUAUUGCCAGCUCCCAGCCAGCUCCCAACGUGUUUUCUUCACCAAGAACAACGGAAAUCGCCCAUGGAAACGAAGAGACCUCAAGUGUCGUGAAAAGGGCACGUGUGCUGCUGCUGUAGUUGCUCAUUUUGAGAGAACUUCACCAUAAGGUGGUGUUCCUGCUGGAUUCGGGAUGGCUGUGGCUUGGCCAAGCCGUAAUUCAGGCAGGAAGACCCAUUCCCUGGCCCAGGGAUGUGUUGCAGGCACUUGCUGGUGUGGCCAUGCUGAAGUGCAGGGAGCUGCCCGCGUGGACAGAGAGGAGGAUUAAAAAGGAUGGAGGAUUCGGAAAGGAUGGUCCUGCUUUUCUUCUGUAUUUCAGUGGCACUGAAGAGCAGGCCUGCAACCUGUGCUCAACACUGGAUGCUUAGCUGCUCCCUCCUCCAGUUUGGAAGCUGCCUGGAGCCUGGGUUCAGGCAUCUGCUUGCACAGGUCCGAAGUGGUCCAGAUCUGCAGGGCCACCCAAAAUUGCCUCCCUGGGCAUUUGACGCAGCACAGAGAGACUCGCAGCCUGCCCAGGCGGAGGAGUGGGGACGAUUUUGCCUGUCAAGCCCUCCUGAUGGAUGGCGGUGCUCUUCCCUCCUGCCCCGGGGCUGAACCCCUGCCUGGCUGCAGGUGCAAGCCGAGGCUCAGCAGGCUACCGUCUCCCCAUGUAGCGUGAGCAACGCCUUACUCUGACACAGUGUGGUGACCUGCAGAGAGCCUGAGUGGUUUUGAAGGCUCCCUUGGGGAUCUUGUCCAGUGCAGAGCAUCUCCCUGAGCUGCCAGCCAGGAGCAGCUCUUCGUUGGAGGGAUGCUGGCCUGUCUGUGCCGAGGUGAUGGCAGUAGCAGUGCCAGGACAGCACGUCGCUCCCUGGAUAAUGGCUGGGGGUUUGCAGCUGGUAUUUUGGAAAGGGCUGCCUUCUUUAGGGGAGAAAACUUCUCCUCGUCUACUCGUGUGACCGUGGCGAGCAUAUCCUUCCACCUGUGAUGCGUUGACAGCAAACACAGGGAUGGCGAAGGGAAGGUAGAAAGCACAGGUAAGGAAUUUAGCCUGUGGAUGCUGUUUGCUUGAUUUUGUUACUUCUUUUCUUACCC